AUGUGGAAAAGUGAAGAAAUUGCAAGCACAACAGUCAAGCUCUCUGUAAAACUUCUGUCCUUAUUAAAAAACUCCUCAAAACUUCAAGAAAUGUUAGAUCAGUAUUUCCUACAUUCACUGAUAUCUGAUGAUGAUCAGCUGAUAGUCUCUGGUAGUGAUGCUUCUAUUUUAAGUUUUCAAACUCAAAUAGAAGGAUUUGAAAAAAGUAUUAAAGACGUGGUGUUGUCUUCAUUUAUUUUAACUGAAUCGGAAACCCGUAGAUUUUUUCGUCAUAAAAACAUGCUUAAAGAUUUGGAGAAAGUAGUUAUGCAAGAAAUCUAUGAGUGUGCCCUUUUUACAAUAAAUGAUGAUGGAGAGCUAUGUGCCUGUGUCUUGAAUGCAGAUGUGGUGGAGAAAGUUACUGGAUUUUUAAACUCUUACAUUACCAGAACUGAAUUUGAUUUGGAUGAAGAGAAAUUGAAACUUUUUACUGGUAAUAUUUGGUCAUCAUAUUUUUGGACUUUGGAGCAAAAUUUUGGAGAUGCCAUAACAUGGUCUAGAACAGACACUAAAUUAACUUUGAUUGGAUAUUCAAAAGAUGAGCAUGACCUCAAGCAGUUGAUGGGAAGGUUCUGGAAUGGAUUGUGGUCUAGAGCAUUUUUCAAAUACAUUUCAGUGUCAUCAGUGAUAGCAGAAGUUCUUCAAAAAUUUGCCAGUAUAGAAUUAUUUAAAAUUUACAUUUCUGCUGCAAAAAGUGAAAUUGAGAUCAAGCUAGUAACUAAAGUUGAUGGCGAAAAUUCGGACUUUGUACUAAGAGGAGAUUUGGAUUUCAUGCCUCCUUACAUCAAGGAAUUGAGAGAUUUGUGCAAGAAAGUGAUCAAGAAAACUGUAGUGAUAACUACCUUAGCUUACAAAGUGAUUAUAAAAAAUGUUGAAGAGAUAGCAGCUUCUGUAAGCAGAAAGCAACAUAACGUUGCAUUGCCUUACCCAAUAUUGAUGAAAGAGGCAGAAAGCAAUAAUAAUCACAUUCAAAUGGACAUCUACUCAACGAAUGAGGACAACAUCACAAACGCCUUAAAAGAUGUAUUUAAAUCACUUGUUGAAAUAAAUCGUGUCAAAGUCUACAAUUAA